CAUCACCGUGCGAGGAGGUCGUCCGCACCGACAAAAAAUUGCUUACGCAUUCGCUUUUAAAAACCGCAGAUGAACAGGGGAAGAAAAUAAAGCAGCAGAAUGCAACGAUGAAACAGAAAGCAACUGGAAAGUCCACGACCCUCGGGAACAAAACAACAACAACAGGCAAUGUUGAUUACUCAGCGCACUCAGGAGGAGAUCCUCACCCUCACGCAGCGGGGAG